GCAACAAUGUUCCGCGGCAUUUUCAAGUUCAGCGGGUUCAAAUUGGUGACCAAGUGAUUCUCAACUGUGUUUUCUCAAAGCAAGUAUACAAUGAGGGAAACAUGUUCUGGUUCAAGCAAGUAACAGGGCAAAUUCCUCAGGUUGUUGCAAAGAUGCAGAAAAAUCAGUCAAGGCCUGAACUGCACAAGGAAUUUAGAAAUUCACAUCUUAGUAUGGAGAAGGCUCAAGCUGACGGGAUAUAUCGUCUUACAAUCCAAAAGAUGGAACCAACGGAUGAAGCUGUUUACUAUUGUGUCUAUAUCACAGAAUGUGAAGUCAACUUUAUCAAUGGAACUUUUUUAGUAUUAAAAGGCAAGAAUCCCCAGAGGUCUGAUUACAAGACCGUGGUACAGAGGUCAGUUUCUGACCCAUUCCACCCAGGAGAAAAUGUGACUCUGCAGUGUACAGUGCUCUCUGAGGCCUGUACAGGAGAACACAGUGUGUACUGGUUCAGAAUUGGAUCAGGAGAAUCCCAUCCAGGAGUCAUUUACACCCCUGGGAACAGGAGAGAUGAGUGUCAGAAGAGCCCUGAGACUCCCUCUCCUACACAGAGCUGUGUCUACAGCCUCUCCAAGAACAACCUCAGCCCACCUGAUGCUGGGACUUACUACUGUGCUGUGGCCAUAUGUGGGGAGAUCCUUUUUGGCAAAGGAACAGAAUUGGACCUGGCCAGUAACACGGAAGUGAAUGUGUCAGGUUUGGCAGUGGCGUUGGUGUUGUGUGGGAUUGGGAUCAUGUUCCUUGUCUGCACCAGACGAAAAGAGCAAAUAUGUGAAAAUUGCAAAGGACCAUGA